AUGUCUCCAGAUGGUAAAACGGAAGAUGAAGUCACCUCUGACUCUUCGGAAGAAAACCCUGUGACUCCAAUUACCCGCCUGACACCUCACAGUGAUGAGUUUUCUCCUGAUCCCUCUGCGGAAGAAGGAAAUUUUACGAGUCCCUUGCCUUGCAGCACUCAUGGCGAACCUUCCUGGAGUGAAGAGCUCACCUCGCAACACAGAGGCAACGGAGAGAAGACGUUUUCGUGUUCCGAGUGCGGAAAGUGUUUUACGAGGAGGUCCAGCCUGAUCGUGCACCAGAGGGCUCACACCGGGGAGAAGCCGUAUUCCUGUUCAGAGUGCGGGAAAUGUUUCCCGGAGCGGUCGAGUCUUACUCAGCACGAGCGAACUCACACGGGGGUGAAGCCUUAUCCAUGCUCUGAGUGCGGGAAAUGUUUUGCUAAGAAAUCAAACCUUAUAACGCAUCGAAAAACGCAUUCGGGGGAGAAGCCCUAUUCCUGUUCCGAACACGAAAAAAUCCACGCUGGGGAGGACUCCUAUACAUGCAUGGAAUGCGGAAAGUGCUUUUCCCAGAGAAACCAUCUCAUCCUGCAUCAGAUCACUCACACCGGAGAGAAGCCAUUUUUGUGUUCAGAAUGCGGCAAAUGUUUCCCUUGCCAGACCGCCCUCAUCAUACACCAGAGGACUCACACAGGGGAGAAGCCGUACUCGUGUUCCGAAUGUGGCAAAUCUUUUCCUUUCGAACACUUGCUCGUCGAACACCACAGGGAUCACACGGGAGAAAAGCCAUUUUCGUGUCCCGAGUGCGGAAAGUGUUUUACCAAAAAGUCAAACCUUGCUAUUCACCAGACGACUCACACGGGGGAGAAGCCGUACUCGUGUUCGGACUGCGGGAAAUGUUUUGUUAAUAGGUCGGAUCUUUCCAGUCACCGGGCGACUCACACGGGAAUGAAGCCGUUUUCUUGCUCAAGGUGCGGAGAAAGUUUCUCUUACAAGUCCUCUCUUACGAGACAUGAGAGAGUUCACACGGGCGAGAAGCCGUAUUCCUGUACCGAAUGCGGGAAGUGUUUCGCCCAAAAAGGAACCCUGGUUUCGCAUCUAAGGACGCACACGUGUGACGUUCGGUAUUCGUGCGCUGAGUGCGGGAGGGUUUUUCGGAGUAAAGCAAACCUGACCGCUCAUAAUCAGAUGCACAAAAGGCUACAUCUUGUGUCACAUCCGAAGAAUACCAUGGGGGAAGAGCCUUCACCCUAA